AGCCCCCGCCCCUCCUGCUGGUCACCGCCACGCGUGACGUUACACUUGAUGGAUGGGAAGGCGGGGCCGAUGCGCGGGAAGGAAGGCGGGUCUGAGAUCUAAAGAGGCCAGGAGCCCGGGAAGGAAAAAUGGGUGAGUUGCCCAUAGAUAUCAACAUCCAGGAACCUCGCUGGGACCAAAGCACUUUCCUAGGCAGAGCCCGGCACUUCUUCACUGUUACUGACCCCCGCAAUCUGCUGUUGUCUGGGGCACAGCUGGAAGCUUCCCGGAACAUCGUGCAGAACUACAGGGCUGGUGUGAUGAUGCCAGGGCUCACUGAAGACCAGCUGUGGAGGGCCAAGUAUGUGUAUGAUUCUGCCUUCCAUCCGGACACAGGGGAGAAGGUGGUCCUGAUUGGCCGCAUGUCAGCCCAGGUGCCCAUGAACAUGACCAUCACCGGCUGCAUGCUCACCUUCUACAGGAAGACACCAACUGUGGUGUUCUGGCAGUGGGUGAACCAGUCCUUCAAUGCUGUUGUUAACUACUCCAACCGCAGUGGUGACGCACCCAUCACCAUAGGGCAGCUGGGAACAGCUUACGUGAGUGCCACCACUGGGGCUGUGGCCACGGCCCUGGGACUCAAAGCCCUCACCAAGCACCUGCCUACCCUGGUUGGCAGAUUUGUGCCCUUUGCAGCUGUGGCAGCUGCCAACUGCAUCAACAUCCCCCUGAUGAGGCAGAGGGAGCUGCAGGUAGGCAUCCCAGUAACUGAUGAGGAGGGUCAGAGGCUUGGCCACUCGGUGACUGCAGCCAAGCAGGGAAUCUUCCAGGUGGUGGUAUCAAGAAUCUGCAUGGCGAUUCCUGCCAUGGCCAUCCCCCCCUUGAUCAUGGACACUCUAGAGAAGAAAGACUUCCUGAAGCACCGCCCCUGGCUGGGGGCACCCCUGCAGGUGGGACUGGUGGGCUUCUGCCUGGUAUUUGCCACCCCCCUGUGCUGUGCCCUGUUUCCCCAGAGAAGCUCCAUACAUGUGAGCAGGCUGGAGCCAGAGCUGCGAGCUCAGAUCCAUGAGCAAAGCCCCAGCACUGAAGUGGUCUACUACAACAAGGGCCUCUGAGAGUGGGUCAGUUCCUGGCCCCUUCCUUCGCCUCCUCAGGCUGCUGCUUUAAUAGAUCCUUGCCAUCCCUGCCACUUGCCCGGCCUGGUAUUGGGGAGAGGGCUUGGUGAGGGUGCAACCAUUGAGACCAGCAAUCCACUAGGUUGGGAGAGGUGCCCCCAUAAGCCUUUUUCUCUCCUCCCUGGUUUCAGAGAGCAGGAUCACAUAUCCAUUCUCCCGUGUGUGUCCAUGUAUAUACACACCUGAUGUGAAUGUGUAUGUAUGUGCUGUCCUGAAAGCUCAGAGCAGACAUGCUGUCGUGGUGUGUCCUAAUAUCUGGCUUCCCCUCUUGGCCUUCUACCACCUGUCAGCUGGCCAGGCUACAGGACUUCUUUGCCUAAACAGUUCCUCUGGCCAAGUCGUUUCUGACAGUACCUUGACCCAUAUGGACUCAGAAGGAGCCCCAGGAUCUCAGGACAGAGACUGAGGACACUAACAGGCCAAACUGGGCUGCAUCCUUCAGAUUUAUGCUUCCUGACUCCCAAAGCUGGCAGAGGAAGACAUAUCAGGAUAAGGGAGGCAGGGAAGUUGUGCAUCCCCUGGAACAGACCACUUCCUCUCCUCCUUUCUAUCAGAACAAAGGAGUGUCAGUAUCCUGUACCAUUCUUGCCAUCUUUCCAUCUCCCCGACAAUGCAAUGUGAGCAUCUUUAGGCACAAUCCUAGGAGUUCUUGGUCUGCUGUGACAUCACAGCAAUCCCAACCCCCUCCCCCAACCAAAAAGCCAUGAAGGCAGAACAAGUAUUCCCCUUUAAGAGCUCCCACCACACCCUCCUUCCCACCCACAGCUAUGAGAAGGUGCUUAAACUCCACAGGUAUGUGAGUGGGUGCAACUAGGAUACCCUCAAGGACAACUAGGCCCGGAGUGUACAAUCAUAAGAUGGAAUUUUGUGUUCCAUUGACCUUUGGUAGACAUUCAGCAAAACCUUGACCUUAGUUAGCUCCUCUUUCUUGAGGUUUAGACCUGCUUUUACCCUGACUCCACCCUCAAGAGGAAGAAGGGCCCAGGCAACAACAGCUGGUCCAAUGGGGAGGACCAAUGGAAUGUAUAGUGGUGAACUCACAGAAUGCAGAGUUGGACCUUGGUUCCAAUUCCAAGGACAGCUGGCUGAAGCAGUGGGUGUGGUGGGUGAAGGCCUCAAUGGAAUCAUCUAAGAGCACUUAACUGUUCCCCCCAACCAUCCCCCACCAGUGAUGAAAGUUAUGAUGCCAGUGCUACUCAAUAAACUGAAAACCUGUCUCCUU